CGCAUCCUUCAAAUCAAUAGUUUGAGAUUCAUUCUUGUUCUCCCAAAUGGCUCAGAAAAGUAAGAUUUUGAUCAUCGGAGGAACUGGAAAUAUGGGAAAAUUUAUUGUGGAAGCAAGUGUAAAGGCCGGCCAUCCAACCUUUGCACUGGUCAGGGAGACUGCCCUCUCUGAUCCUGUUAAGGCAAAACUUGUUCAGAAUUUCCAAAGCUUAGGCGUCACUUUGCUCUAUGGAGAUCUUGAGAAUCAUGAAAAGUUGGUGAAGAUGCUGAAGUUAGUUGAUAUAGUGAUGUCAGCUAUUAGCCGUUCAGAGAUACCAGAGCAGUUUAAGCUCAUCGCUGCCAUUAAAGAAGCUGGAAAUAUUAAGAGAUUUUUCCCAUCAGAGUUUGGAAGCAAUGUGGAUGCUGGACAUCCCAUUGAGCCAGCAAAAUCAGGUUAUGCAAGAAAGGCAAAAAUUCGACGUGCUAUUGAGGCCGAGGGAAUUCCCUACACUUAUGUUUCCUGCAACUGCACCUUUGGCUUCUUUCUUCCUACACUGGCACAACCCGGAGCCGUUGCUCCUCCCAAAGAUAAUAUCUUGAUUUAUGGCAAUGGCCAACCCAAAGCAAUUUUUAUCAAGGAAGCUGACAUAGCAAGCUACACCAUCAAAGCCGUUGAUGAUCCAAGAACAUUGAACAAGACCCUCUACCUUAGGCCUCCAAAGAAUAUCUACUCAUUCAAUGAACUUGUUGCCCUUUGGGAGAAGAAGAUUGGCAAAACCCUGGAAAAAAUUUAUGUCACUGAGGACCAAAUUAUUAAGAUGAUCCAAGAUGCGAAUAUGACAGACAAAAUUAUGCUACUAGUGAACUAUUCAAUAUUUAUGAAGGGAGAACAAACAAAUUUUGAAAUCGAUCCAUCUUCAGGGGUGGAGGCUUCUGAGCUCUAUCCUGAUGUUAAUUAUGCCACUGUUGAUGAAUACCUCCAUCAAUUAGCUUGUUUAAGCAAUUAAUUGAAGUGUGUAUUUAUCAUUAUUAUUUAGUGAUGGUAUUUGUUUGCAAUCGUUAUCUUAUUCUACUCAAUUUCUAAAUGUAACAAUUUAGAAAUUCAUAAAAUAUCUAAAUAAACUUCGUUUCAUUUUAAAUGACUCUUA